AUGGCGGUGGCGAGGGCCUUCAACGGCGUCGGCAUGGCGCUCGUCCUGCCCGCGCUCUACUCUCUGGUCGCCGACUGCAGCGACGACGACACGCGCGGCUCCAUGUUCGGGUGGGUCUUCCUGGUGCAAGGCGUGGGCGGCGCGAUGGGGACCUCCAUGGGCGUCCUGCUUGCGCCCGCGGCCUUCUUCGGCGUCCCUGGCUGGCGCCUGGCGCUCCACGCCCUCGCGCUCGUCAGCAUCCCGGUCGCCGCGGCGACGUGGCUGCUCGCCGCCACCGACUCCUGCUGGCCUGGAACGCGGAAUGCCAAGGCUGCCGCGCCGCCCACCAUCGCGGAGCUCGCCCGGGAAGCCAAGGCCGUGGUGAGCGUGCCCACCUUCUGGAUUGUGGUGGCGCAGGGGGCAGCCGCGCAGACCACGGUGAUCACCAGCCUCAACUGUCUCUCCAACGGGCUCGGCUCGCCGCUCGCGGGGUUCGCCGGGGACGUCGCGGCGCGGCGGUUCCCCGACGCGGGCCGGGUCGCGCUCGCACAGGCGUCCAACGCGUCCAUCGUCCCGCUGGCCGCCCUCCUGCUGCUGCCUGCUCGCCCCGGCUGGCCGAUGACGGGCGCCGUGUACGCCGGCGGGUUCUUUCUCUUGGGCAUCGCUAUGGCCUGGAGCACGGUUUCCACCAGCAACCCUAUCUUGGCAGAGAUCAUGCCGGAGAAGGCGAGGACGGCCGCGUACGCGCUGGACCUGUGCCUGGAGAGCGUGCAAUCCAUGAUGAAUUUAAGUCAAACUAGUGGUAAUUUUUUCCACUACCCUGGUGCAUGGGCACCAGGCUACUUGAACGUGGCUUCGCCCCUGCGUGGUCGCGUCGUUCGGGGCGCCCGUCGUGGGCAUCCUGGCGGAGCGCGUCUUCGGGUACCAGCCGCGGGCGGCGCGAGCCCCCAGGCCGCCGACCGGGAGAACGCCGCCGCUCUGGGGAAGGCAAUCUUCGCGGAGGUCGCCGUGCCGGCGACCAUCUGCUGCCUCGCGUACUCGGCGCUGUACUGGACAUACCCCGCGGACAGGCGGCGCGCGAGGAUGGCGGCGGCCGGCCUGGCCCUGGAGGAGGCGUCGGGUGACCAGAAGAACUACGGCUGCGAAGCAAGUGGGCCUGCUGAUGACGAUGGCUUCAAGCAGCCCCUGCUAUCCGUAACAGUGACAGAUUAG